AUGAGUUCGCAACAUGAUGUGGCGCCCACCUCCACCGCCAUGUCGAAGAUAGCGCCAGGGCAGUUGCUGCCUCGCAAGGAUCCCAAGCUCGAUGCGGGCAACAAGCACCAUGACCACUACGCUCGCAGACUCCCCAAAUGGCGCAAUGCCCUGCGCAACCGAUUGAUCCCCAUUGUGCGCUGGGAGACGCCCUGGCUCGCGCUCAUGCAGGACAAGAUCCGCUCGCCCGCCCUCGAUUCGUACUUUGCCUACACGGCUAACCUGGGCACCCACACCUUCUUCAUGAUCUUCCUGCCCAUUCAGUUCUGGUGUGGCUAUACCAGUGUCGGACGAGCCACCGUCUUCAUGCUCGCCGCAGGAGUCUACGGCACUGGCUUCCUCAAGGAUAUGGUCUGCUUACCAAGGCCCCUUUCCCCUCCACUAGCCCGCAUUUCCAUGUCUGGAUCGGCUGCGCUCGAAUACGGCUUCCCCUCAUCCCACUCGGCCAAUGCCGUCAGCGUCGCCUUCUACGCCAUCUACACGCUUCGACAGUCGGCCACGGAGGAUGGCUCCUAUACCAACACAAUAUUGCAAGCCCUAUUCUACUUCUACGCCAUGUCCAUCAUCGUCGGCCGGCUAUAUUGUGGCAUGCAUGGCUUUCUAGAUGUCCUUGUUGGCAGCGUCAUGGGCGCAAUGAUCACGGGCAUCCAACUACUCUUUGGCGACUGGAUGGACUCUUGGGUUUUUAGUGGAACCUUCCAAGACAUACUAAUUGUAACCUUGGUAGUCUGCGUGCUCGUGCGAAUCCACCCCGAGCCUGCGGAUGACUGCCCCUGUUUCGACGAUAGUGUCUCUUUUUCCGGCGUGGUAAUUGGUAUCAACCUGGGAGCAUGGCAGUACGCGCAGACGAGCUACGCGUUGAAGGAUGCCUAUCCUUCAUCUGUUCCGUUCAGUCUGCAAGAGAUGGGCAUUCUGAAAACCAUGCUUCGAAUUGUGCUCGGCGUCACCAUCAUUUUCCUCUGGAGAGCCACUAUGAAACCUGCUCUGUUCAAAAUCCUCCCACCCAUCUUCCGCUUGCUCGAGCAGGCCCGUCUCAACCUACCACGUGCUUUCUUCCUAAACGCCUCCAAGUACAAGUCCAUCCAACCCUUCAACGAUGACGACAACGUCAUUCCUCCUGCAUCUGACCUUCCACACAUGCUCAAGAAUCUCGCCCAUCCCCGCAAACGAUCCGUCUCCGUAGGCCCCCAAUCCGCCGCCGAUGCCUACGAAACACUAGCCUACCGCAAACGCAAGAGAAGAGAGAGCGUCAAUUCCAUGGACGGUGCUGUACCAGAAGAUGCCGCCUGGGCACCGUCAACGCCCUCUAUCGAAAAGGGCGAGCCAGUAUUGGGCGCCGGCCUGUUACCCACACCCAUGGCUUCUCGUGUGCAGUCCUAUGAGAAGAUGAUGGGUACUGGAAAUGUCCAGUCAGUCCAUGUCAGCUCGGCAACACCGCCGAGGAGCGAGUCAGGCGUUGCAGGCGACGUCUACCAACCCUCGUCUACAGAAGAAGAGAAUUCGCCGACUGAAGAAGAGAAUGAGAAACGCGAGAUAUUCAAUAUGCUCACGAAGCCACGAGUACGAUACGAUGUGGAGGUUGUGACCAAGUUGCUGAUAUAUACUGGCAUUGCAUGGUUGGCAGUCGCUGGGAACCCCAUACUAUUCGAGUGGGUUGGGCUCGGUAUGUCCAAACAAGUCUAA